CUCCCCUGCUGAGCUGGAUGCACUAUGGAGAGAACCACCGUACACGCUGACGGGAACCAAUGAGCACUUCCCAGGAAAUGAUGUUAUGAUUCCAGUGGUGGAGGGGGUGGAGGGGCCGGGGGAGGAGUCUGGGAGCGGGGAGGCGGAGCCGGACAGUUACUGGAAGAGGAAGGAGGCGUUCACCAGAGGAAGCACCGUGUCACUGUCCGUGGGAGAGAGGUUCUCCUCAGACGUGGUGCUGGUGUUCAGCGGUCGGCGGCGCUCAGGUGUAAUACCUGACUCUGAAAUACAGGAGGCGCUCCGUACCAGACUCAGGGUCGUCGAGAGCAACAGUCAGGACGUCAUCCAGCUCUUCAAGGACCUGUCUGCCCGUCUGGUGUCUGUCCACGCUGAGAAGGACAGCUUUGUCAUCACCUUCAAGACUGUAGAGGAGAUGUGGAAGUUCUCUACCUACCUGGCUCUAGGCUAUGUGGCGCGGUGUCUGGAGAAUUUCCUGUGUGACCAGUCGUUCUGGCUGGACGCUGAGCUGCUGAGGGACCUGGAGAUCACUGUGACUGUAGACGAGGAACACCUAGCCACACUCUACCUGGGACUGCUGCUGCAGGAGGGGUCGUUCUUUGCCAAGGCGCUGGUGAGCAGUGGCGAGCACAGUGAUGAGGAGGAGGAGCUGUGUUUCAGACGUAAUGACUUGCUGAUGGUUAGAGACACGGGGCAGGACAGUCACUGGGAGGGCACCCUUCUCUCCACUGGGCAACACGGACUAGUGCCUGUCAACACCAUGCAGCCGCUGCCAUACCCCUUCUACCAGUGGUUCCUGAGGAAGUACCCUGGCUGUGCCGGAUGCUCCCCUUCAGAGAGAGGACAGUUUGACCAGCCUGUAGUAACUGGUUCCUGUGAGGCUGUAGUGGACCAUAACCCAGUAGGUUGUGAUGAGCUCCAGCUGAGUCGAGGUGACCUGAUUGAGAUACAGGGGAUGCUACUCCGAGGUCUGGACCUGUUCAUAGGAACACACUGCUCUACAGGAAACACUGGCUUCGUACACAAGGCUCACGUGAAGCCACUCAACGCCAAACCACUAGAUGGACACCUUGUGUUUCUGAGUGAGGAGGAGCGUGCGUCUCUUUCCCAGGUUAACCCCUGCAGUACUGAGCCCAGAGACAGUGGCCUGCUAGAGAGACUCUUCUCCUCUGACAUCAGUACUGUCUACAGACUAGACAGACUGGAUCAGUCUGAUUUUACGUACAUCAGAAACCAACCUAAACAAGAGCAUAAGCCCCCCACCAGCACCCGGCAGUCCAUCAUCUCAGAGAAGAAUGACGCUACACUCCCAUACCACUCCUCCUACGCAUCCCAGAAUGCUUUAGGGCGUGGCGGUGACGGGGAGCUGCUGUCCUUCAGUCUGGACAACACCUUCAGAGAGAUGAACGAGUUCCAGGAAGACCCAUCCCUUUUCCUGGAGGAGGGGAGCUGGGAGGGGGAGGAGUCGGAGAUCUGUGACCCCACCUUGAGCCUGCUCAACAUGCAUCACUUUCAGGAGGAGUUCCUGCCCCUGUAUGACCUCCACCACUCAUUCCUCUGGCUGACGUUCUCAGGGCAAAGUGAGGAGGAGUUACUGGGCCACCUGGAGAUUGUCAGGGAGGGGGCCAAGAGAACGGGCAUGGCCUGGGCACACCGACGGGCAUGCUUCCUACUGGGGAGGCUCUGCGCCAAGAAGCUCAAGUACUCCCAGGCCCGUGUGUAUUACGAGGAAGCCCUUGGAGUCUCUGUCGACGGUUUCUCUGACCUCCCUCUCCUCAUCGCCCUGUACACCAACCUCACAGCCGUCUACCUCAAACAGAAGAUGGCCGACAAGCUGCCCCCGACCCUGGAGAAGGCCAGUGCUCUGCUCCUCUGCCUCCCCAGCCACACAUUCACCUCCCUGGAUGAGUUUGAGCUGCUGAAGCUUGUGCUGCGGAGGUCUAUGGUGGAAGGGGACAAACACCUGGAGGCACGGGCCUGCUACCUCACUGCCAGCCUCUUCCUCCUCCUUAGAAAGAUAGAUGACGCCCUGCCCUUCGCGGAGCGUCUCCAGUUCCUCACCGUUACCCUGUCUGCUGAGAAGGGACGCCCCAUCGCCCCCCUGGACCUCAACUGGCUUCUGUCCCGUCUCUACAACCGUAAAUACAUGCCCUACCUGGCCCUGGCAUCACUCAGCCUGGACACUGGACAGGACCACUCACUACAGGAUGCCUUCCACAGGAUAGAACUGUUCAGCAGGAACUCGGUGCGUCUGAACCCGCGAUGGAAAGAGGGAACGUCUCUUCUCCCAGCCCAGAUCGUGGUGUACCUGCAGCAGGCUCUGGCAAUUGCGGAGCGGGGUGACGACCUUAAGACCCAGAGAGACCUAUGUCUGGGCCUGGCCUGUGUUUACCAGCAACACGGGGCCCUGGAGAAGGCCCUGCCCUGUGCCCAGCAGGCUGUACAGACCGGGGGAGGUAUCAACGAGGAGGAGGGGUUUGAGGCGUCAGUACUGCUGGGAUGGCUGUUAGUCCUGACGGGACAGCCUGAGAGGGCACAGAACACCUUGCAGCCACUAUUACAGUCACUACAGGGAACCGAUAGCCCGACCCAGAGGGGAGUGAUCCACAACCUGCUGGCUCUGUGUCUGCGGCAGCAGGGUGGCAUCCCCGAGGCCGGCAGCCACCUCCACUAUGCCCUCACCAUCUCCAGGGAGAGUGGCAACCAGAGGAACCAGGCCCUGGCCCUCGCCAACCUGGGCUGCCUGGCACUGGGCGUGGGGGCACCCACACUGGCAGAACGAUUCCUAUUCAGGUCUCUGUGGUUGUUCCUGGAGAUCUGGGAGAGUCCCGUUGACGAGGAGCACGUCCAGACCUACCUAUGGUUGGGGCGGAGCUACAAGGACAGGGGGAGGAGCCAGGACGCCAGGCUGUGUUAUGAGAUGGGCCUCCUCAUCUCCCUCCAGGCCAGGAACCUACCCAGUCAGAUGGUGGUGGCUGAAGUCCUGAGUCGUCACUAUGCAGACGUGCUGCUGUAUGGACAGAGUAUCCUCUACUAUGAGCACUGUGUGUCUGUGUCCAGGGACCUGAAGGACAAGAGACUAGAGGGAGAAUAUCUAGAGAUCCUCAGCAGCCUCUACCUCUCCCUCAAUACUGAGAAAUCAUCAAGGAAGUCUCUGGACUACAGUAAGCAGAGUCUGCGUAUCUCCAUCGACCUGGGGAAGAAGGAGGAAGAGUCAGAGACCUGGCUUCAGGUGGGACGCAUCUACUACCUCAUCCAUGAAGACGAACUGGCGGACAUGUACCUACAGGCGGCAGUGAAGACAGCCCUGAGGAUGAACGACCCACGCUUCGCCAUGAGUAUCUACGAGGAGGCAGGAGACGUCUUCUUCAAAGGCAACAGGAACAGACUGGCAUCACUGCCCUUCUACAGGGACGGCAGUCUCCCUUUUGCUCGGAGUAUCCGUGACGUCGACUCAGAGUUCAGACUGCUGAGUAAACUGACUGAACUACUGAUGACCCAGGAAGAACAUGAAGAGGCUCUACAGUACGCCAUUCUGGCUGUACAGAUCAGCACCAAAACAGGUGUGUGUGUGAAGGAGCGCGCAGCGUACCACCGUCUGGCUACAGUGUACUACAGUCUGGAGCAGUAUGAGAUGACAGAGAACUACUACCUCAAGUCUCUGUCUCUCAGCCCUGCUGUACUGCAGCACCCCCUGGAGGCUAGAUACUACACCAAGCUCUACUGCAGGCUGGGGGACCUGACGCUGCACAAACUAAAGGAUGCCUAUGACUCGAUGGGCUACUUUCAGCUUGCUCAGGCUGCAGCCCUGGAGGACCGUGCCAACCCACAGGCACUGUAUGUGGUCUACAUGAAGCUGGCAGAGAUCCAUGCCAACCACAUGCCAGACCCACUGCUCUGCCAGACUUACAGGGACAGGGCACAGAGCCUGAGGAGGGAACUCUCUGGGCUGGGAGAGACGGAUGGGAGGGGAGCAGUGACGGAGGGG